ACUUCACUACUCUCUCUCUCUGCCUGCAAAGCUGCUUGAUCCAUCAUCGAUCACAUCACUCCACCAGCCGCAGCGCACGAACGUACGACUCAUGGCAGAUCGCGACCGCAGCGGCAUCUACGGCGGCGGCGCCUACGGGCAGCAGCAGGGGGGCGGCCGCCCGAUGGGUGAGCAGGUGAAGGGCAUGAUCCACGACAAGGGGCCGACGGCGUCCCAGGCGCUGACGGUGGCGACGCUGUUCCCUCUGGGCGGGCUGCUCCUGGUGCUGUCGGGCCUGGCGCUGGCGGCCUCCACGGUGGGGCUGGCCCUGGCCACGCCCGUGUUCCUGCUCUUCAGCCCCGUGCUCGUCCCCGCCGCGCUGCUCAUCGGCACGGCCGUCGCGGGGUUCCUCACGUCGGGCGCGCUGGGGCUCGGCGGCCUGUCCUCGCUCACGUGCCUCGCCAACACGGCGCGGCAGGCGUUCCAGCGCACCCCGGACUACGUCGAGGAGGCGCGCCGCAGGAUGGCGGAGGCCGCGGCGCACGCGGGCCACAAGACCGCGCAGGCCGGGCACGGCAUCCAGAGCAAGGCGCAGGAGGCCGGUGCUGGCACUGGCGCCGGCGGCGGCAGGACUUCCUCGUAAAUAAGCAAAUCAUCCAUGGAUGCGUGCGUGUCAAUGUCAGCAGGGUCGUCGUGGAAUGCUCUUCUCUGUACGUGGGUAACCGUCUUUUGGUCGUCUUCCCCGAGUGCGUGAUAAAUAUCCUGGUGUUCGUCGUGUGUGGUGCUGCCCUAGGCUGGGGCCUGGGGUCGGCUGUGUACCGGUAUCUGUUCAUCGCCGCUCCGUCGCGUUCGGAGAUGUGAAUAAGUGAUGUGAAGGUUAAGUUUCAGCUUUGCUAUUGCUAUUGUGGCUUGUGCAUCAGCGGUUUGCUCGUUGACUGUUAUGGAAAUAAGCAUUGGUGAA